AUGAAGGUUCCAUUUCUCAUUUUACUGUGUGUGCUCGCUUCGUCAGACUGGGUUUCAAGUUACUUCACUCCGGAAAAGCGAGGUGAUGGAGAUGGGCAAGGUAAAGUGAAGCAACUACCAGAGGAGAAUCCUAGUAGCGACACGUACCAGUCUGAUAUGAAGGUUGCACCUGCACAAAAGAGAGAGAUCGAUGCUCAAAUUGAAGACAAUAAGACGGGACGGAAAAGGAGAAAAGCCUUGGCUGAUUUGUCUACCCGAUGGCCCGGAGGUGUUGUCCCUUACGUCAUUAAUCUUGACUCAGUUGAUAAUUUAAAGGUUAUUACGAGUGCAUUUGACCUUUGGGAGGCCGAGACAUGCAUCAAGUUCGAGGCUUACGACGCAAGCAAACAUGACGUCCACCUGGUGUUCAGAAAACUAGACGGAUGUUGGAGUUGGGUCGGAAUGCAGAGAACAACAGAGCAGGAGAUCUCAAUUGGUUCAGGAUGUGAAUACAUUGGUACCAUCGCUCAUGAGAUCGGACACGCCAUAGGAUUUCACCAUGAGCAGUCCAGGCCAGACCGAGACGAGUACAUUAGCGUCGUGUAUGCAAAUGUGCAGGACAACAGGGUGUCCAACUUUGACAAGUACGAGGCUUCAAUCAGCAACUAUGGUGUUCCAUAUGACACAAAAUCAAUUAUGCAGUAUGACAAAAACUACUUUUCCAAAACUGGCUUGCCAACCAUGACCACCAAGAAAGUCUUGGACCAGUUUGAUCUCGGGCAACGGCAAUAUUUGUCAUUUUAUGAUUCUCUCCUGGCAAAUCGUAUGUACGAAUGCGAAUCUGAUUGUAAUGCUGCCCUUACCUGUGAGAAUGGUGGUUAUGAGAUAGAGUUGGUUGGUGUCUGCAAAUGCGUAUGUCCCCCUGGCUACGCUGGUGUUAAAUGUGAAGAGGACGAAACCGCUGCGUUAGAAAACCCCAGAUGUAGGACUACACUGACUGAAACAACAGGAGUGAUUCAAUCGCCCAAUUACCCUUCUAACUACGAUAAUAACGAGAAGUGCGCAUGGUUGAUCCAGGGUGGUGAAGGAACGACCAUAACUUUAACCAUUGAUGUUCUCGACGUGGAAGACGCUUCCCAUUGUAUCUACGAUUCACUUUAUGUGUAUGAUGAUAGUAUGUUUUACACCACCAAAAAGUUGUGUGGUUCAACACCCCCUGCAUCUCCAAUAACAUCAAAGUCCAAUCAGAUGAUGCUCUAUCUGCAUACGGACGAAUCUGAAGCCAGGAAAGGGUUUAGUGCCAGCUACGUCAUCAAUCCAUGUGCGCAUUAA